AUGGACGACGAACCGGUGUCGGCUCCCCCGCUCAGACCGCCGUUACAAUCAUCCAAGGUCCCUCGGGAAAAUGAGCCAGACGAGUACGAGCUCGUAAGAAAAUGGCACGAAGAGCGGCUACAACGUAAGCUACGGGGCGAGUACGAGAGUGCCGUGAUGCACCUUGCAGACGUGGUGAACAAUAGUCUGGAACGGCCCGCGCGAAUUGCCUCCGUGCGCGUUGUCGGUGCGACCAACACUAGGCCGGCGUUUCUAUCCUCGCUCGUCGCGCCGUACCUCUCUCCGACCCCGACGUCCCUCCGGUCGGUGCUGGAUGCCACCCGCGGGAUGUCGCACAUUCUCACCGAGACUGGCCUCUUUCGUACGCUGGACGCGCGGCUGGAGAAGAGCCGGAGCCCGUUCGCCCGCGACCAGGACGUGGACGUCGUAAUCGGCGUGCGGGAGCGCGGCCGGUUCUGGGCGAACACCUCGACGGAAGUCGGCAAUGGCGAAGGAAGCGCGAGUGCGACGGUGCGCAUCAACAACGCUUUCGGUGGCGCUGAAGCCGUGCAGGCCUCAUUCGCCACCGGCACCAAAACCAAACGCUCUUUCAACGCCUCUCUUUCUGCUCCCUUGUCGAGCGACCUAAAGACUCGCGGCGAGCUGUCCGCCUUCCUAAGCGAGCGCGACCACUCGAGCUUCGCGAGCUGCUUCGAGGGGCUGCGGGGUGCGAAGGCGGUCGUCAGGACGACGCGAUGGGGUGGGCUACAUGAACUCGCCUACGAGGCCGUGCUCAGGCAUAUCGGUUCCCUUACCCCAACGGCUUCCAUAAGCAAGCGACAGUCGGCCGGACACACAUUCAAGUCAGCCGUGUCGCAUAGCUACACGCUUGACACUCGUGAUUCGCCGAUACAAGGCACGCGCGGGGCUCUCCUCAAGCUCUCUCAAGAGCUCGCCGGUGUUGGUGGUGGCGAUGCGAGCUUUUAUAAGGUGCACGGCGAGGCGUCCGUCACGCGUCCUUUAUUCCCUGGGACGUGGAUAUCCCUCGGUGCGCGGUCGGGCGCGAUGUGGGCUUUAGGGGGCCGUCCGACGCUGUUUAGCGACCGAUUCCAGCUUGGAGGUCCGACAAGCCUCAGGAUGUUCAGGCAGAACUCCAUGGGACCCCGGGAUGACGACGACUCGCUGGGAGGCGACAUAUAUUAUUCGGCGGGUCUGAGCCUCAUAUCCGACAUACCGCGCAAGGCGCAUUGGCCAGUGAAAACCCACGUGUUUGUGAACGCCGGGCGAUUAGAUACCAUGUCCCAAGAAAAAACGUUUGUAGAAAAUGUCACCGACGUGCUGUCGAAGCCGUCUAUCUCGGCCGGUGUGGGGCUCAUAUACCGGUUCGACCCCAUCAGGGUCGAGGUGAAUUUUGGCGUGCCGCUCGUUGCGAGCGCGAGCGACGGCGCGAGGAAGGGGGUGCAGGUCGGAAUGGGGAUCGAGUUCCUGUAG